AUGUGUAACACGGUAUAUUACCCAGACGAAAACGGCCAACGUGUUCAAUGUAGCACAAUCAACACAAAUUAUACGAGUUGCAGCCAAUCAACAAAGAAGUGCCUGGCGUGCAAAGACCCACAGUAUGUAGCUUCAAAUGGGCUUUGUUUAAAUUGUGAAGUUGGGACUUACAAGAAGACCGAGACAACAUGUGAAAGUUGUUAUUUUGCAACUGAGAACUGUGAUGCGUGUUCAACACUUUCUGUGGGUGUUUCCAAUCGCACCUCUUGUAUGGCCAACCAUGUAUUGAAUAGUGGGAAGGGUCAGUUGUGUCUAAGUGGGAAGUAUUACAAUCCAAAUUCAAAGAGCUGCCAAAGUAAUGAUGUGAACUGUCAAAUUCAAGUCGACGAGUCAACUUGUCUUCUUUGUAACAACAACUACUUUUUGGCGAAUGGGGUUUGCCAACAAACAACUCGAUGUCAAAGUCCGUCCAACACCACAAUGUCUUCGUGUGACUGUUAUGAUCAGAUUUCAGUCAACUCCGAUUGUAAAGACAAUUUGACAAAUUGCAAACACCAGAAAGUUGAAAAGAGAAAUUCUGUUUGUAUUAAUUGCAACGACAACUUCACUUUGAAUGAAAAUGAUUGUCAACGUGCACAACAAAAUUUGGAAGUCAGAAAUGAUAUUGUUUACAAGUGCGGAGAUAGUGCGUAUCUCAACAUCUCAAACGAAUGUGUCGGCUGUGGUGUUUCUAUAUCGUGUUUGGAUAGCUUUGUGAAAUACACUGACACUUGGUGUGUAUCAAAGAGUGAGAUAUCAACAUGCAAAACAUUUAGUUCAGGUGGAUGUGUUGUUUAUUGUGAGGAGUAUUACCAGACAGACGCAAAGAAUGUAGAAGACAAGUAUGAUUACUGUGUUCCAAUAGAAUCUACAACAGUCACAAUUUGCAAGAGAUACAGUUUAAAGAACACCAAAUGUGUAGAGUGUCUUGAUGCAUUCAAAUUGAAAAAUGGAAUUUGUGCUGACACAUUUGAUGAAGACAACAAAUUCAAAACAGACACAAAAACAGCAACGGAAACUUUUUGUCAAAUAAGAAACAACAAAAAAUGCCAACACUGCGCUGAUGGGUAUUACAACAUCAACAACGAGUGUAUUCAAUGUGAAAACGACUGUUCAACUUGUUACAACACAACUUAUUGCACUUCUUGUAAAUCCGGGUUUUAUCUUGACAAAUUAGGAAACUGUAAAUCACUUGGUGCAUUACAAGAGAGUUGUCACAUUGCACUGCCUGGUGGAAGCGUAUGUGCGAUCUGUAACAGUGGGUAUUAUCGAGAGGGUAUCAGCUGUACAUCAUGUGAAGAGUCGUGUGCACCAUGUGUGAACAGUUACGAGUGUCUUGCACGCAAAGACGGCUAUUUCAACAUCCCAGGUGAAUGCAAAUUGUGUGAAUCAAAUACAACACUCGCUAACUGUGAACUGUCAUCAUCGUCUGGAUGUGAGAGGUGUGUGUCUAUUCGUUUCUUAUCAAAUCACAAGUGUUAUGAAUGUUCUCCAAAUUGCACAUCAUGUGAGAGUGAAAGUGUGUGUACAAUAUGUAACGAAUUGGAAAAUAUGUUGGUUGACACGCAAUGCCUUCAUUUCACAAAAGUUAAAUUCUGUGUGUCAGCUCUAAAUUCGAGGUGUGUGAAGUGUGAGGGUCGACGAGAACCCACAGACUCCGGUGACAGUUGCACAAAGUUGGUCAAUCUUGGUGUUGUGAUUGGCAUCCCAAUUACUGUUUUAAUACUUUUGGUAAUCUUCAUUUUACUCAACAAACGCCAAGUGAAAAAGAAGAUGCAAAAUGUACGUGAGAAGCGUGUGAUUGUCACUUCUUUGGAUUAUAUGAGUGGUGAACAGACAACAGAGAAAAUGACAAUUGAAACAACAACAGUCCAAUCAACAAAAUUGAAUUACAAAGAACUCGACGAAAUAAAGCUAAUUUGCGAAGGGUCUUUUGGAAUGGUAUACAAAGGCACAUUCAGAGGAAAAGAAGUUACAAUAAAAAAGAUGAAACACAUACAAAAGAUGAGUCAACUUCUGAAUGAUUUCGAAAAUGAAGUGAAUAUGUUGGACAAGUUUAGAAGUGAGUAUAUCAUCCACUUCUAUGGCGCUUGUUUUAUUCCAAACCACAUAUGCAUGGUCACCGAAUUUGCUUUGUAUGGAAGUUUACAAGACUUGAUAAAACACAAAAAGAGGGAUGAAAUUGGUUCGAAAAUUAAAAUUAAAAUCAUAAUAGAUGCUUCCAAAGGAAUUUUGUAUUUACAUGAGAAUGGCAUUUUACAAAGAGACAUUAAACCAGACAACAUACUCGUCAUUUCCUUGGAAAAUGGAAUGAAUGUCAAUGGAAAGUUGACUGAUUUUGGAAGUAGUAGAAACAUCAAUUUACUCACAACUAACAUGACUUUCACAAAGGGUAUCGGAACACCAAAAUACAUGGCACAAGAAAUCUUGAAUAAACAACAUUAUAAGAAGCCAGCUGAUGUCUACUCGUUGGCUGUGACGUUGUUUGAGACUUUGAUAUGGUGA